AGAGAGAGAGAGAGAGAGAGACUAGAAUGAGAUUUACAGUAUCUGUUAUUUUCACAGAAACUGACAGUGACCUUGAUCCCAGGACCAAAGAUGACUUCUUAAAAUAUUUCCAUCUGUUCACUCUGGAUUCAAACACUGCACACAAACACCUCUAUUUCUAUGACCUGCGAUCGGUGGAGUUUAAUCACCACGUCCAGACGUAUCCUGACCAUCCAGACAGAUUUGACGUCUAUCCGCAGGUGUUGUGUAGAGAGAGUGUGAGUGGACGCUGUUACUGGGAGGUUGUGUGGAGUGGGACUGAGUUUUGUAGCGGUGUGAAUAUAUCAGUGUCGUACAGGAGCAUCAGCAGGAAGAGAUCUGGUCACGAGUGUUUCUUUGGAUAUAAUGAUCAGUCCUGGAGUUUGUCCUGCUCUCACUCCAGUUUCUCUUUUUGGCACAAUAACAAAAAAACUGACCUCCCUGUUCCCUCCAGCCGCAGUAGAAUAGGAGUGUAUGUGGACCACGGAGCAGGAACCCUGUCCUUCUACAGCGUCUCUGACUCAAUGAGCCUCAUCCACACAGUCCAGACCACAUUCACCCAGCCGCUCUAUCCUGGGUUUUAUGUCUGUGGAAGAGUGGAUCUCGUUGUUUUAACUGAUGAUUUUAACUUUUAAUACCAAUCACGUUGUCGAAUUACACGAGUCUUUGAGCUGCAUGAAAAAUCACGAGAUGUUUUAGUUAGGUUAGUUUUUUUUUUAUAAACAAAAAAAAGAUACACACGAUACGUGAGAAAACUGCAUCUUUUACCGUUCAUCUUCAUUCAUUCAUUCAUUCAUUCAUUCAGUUCAUUCAUUCAAAGUGUUGAGUAAAUGUAUUCAAAUACUACACACACACACACAUUCACACACUCAUACUUACAUAUGUGUUUUUUUUGGACUAAAUGGUUUUUAAAAAUAAAAAGCAGCGUAGACAAAGUCAAUAGAAGGCAAGUCUGCAGCCUUUAACAUCCAAAAAUGUUGAAGGCUAAUGCUUCCGCUUUAGUGGCCGUUUUUUAAUGGAUUUCAAUGGAGUUGAUUAAACAGCUUUUUAGAGGAAACUGCUUAUCGGCUAAUUUUUAACAAGUUUUACACUAAACAGUACUUUUGGAUUGAACUCAUUUUUAUAGUUUGCUAUCAUAUGAGAAGUCACUGACGUUUUAAAUUCCUAUGGUAUCCGUAAGCAGCGACGGAGAGUCUCAGAAUUCUGUCUGAAAUUCAAUGACGUCAAGGUUGUAAUGUGAUUACGGUUAUAAAGGCACAUGUGUUACACUUUUACCAAUAGUAAUACAGACCCCCUCAUCUGCCCGUAAUGAGAUCGUAAGACAAUCUCUCGUACAGAAUCCCUGCUCCGCCAUGUUGCUAUCAGCGUUGCCAGAUUGUAUGGACAAUUUACAGCCUAAAAGCCAAAACUUUAACUGUUAAAAAAGUGUGAUCGAUUACAGUAGAAAUAACGGAUCUGAUUUUGAAUGUAUGACUGUAUUUAGAGAUCAUAACUUGAUAAAACUUGGCUAAAAAACCCAUCGCUCGUGAAUCAUCCCUUGUGAUUGGCUGAAACCGCAGCAGGGAUGUCAACAUCAGCCGCAGUCAUCUUGUGUGUUUAGUAACGUCGUGAUGACUGAUGGCACGCAGCACAUGCCCACUUGAGCUCGUAUGUGAACCAAUAAGCAUAUACAACACUAAUUCUGUCCGGCAUUAAAUUGCCGAUAUUAAACCGUUGCUGUCAAACAGUUGCCAUGCCAACCUGCUACCAUACGCAAAAGCUGUGUCAAAAGGUUAGGCUUUCCUCGGGCUUCAUGUGCAAAAAAGUACAUACACUUUGCACGGUUUCAUUAUAUGCUACGGAUGGGUGAACGAAACUGUAUUGAACUGUCACUGUAUGCAAAUGUAUUCCUUCACGCAAGCAUAUUGUAAUAAACUUUUCUGCAAAACCAUGCACGUAUAUAUUUUCUCCUG